GUGCCAAGUCGGGUGUGUCCUUUUUUCCCCUUUACAGACUACAGGACAUGAUAGGACAGGACAGGUACCUUAAAUGAAAAUGACUCAUUUGAGGAAUGGAGAUGACGAGGAAGGAAGGAAGGAAGGGAGAGAGGAAGGUGAAGAAACAGUAUGGGGACAUGUAGGAAUAAAGAGAAUGUAAGCAAGAUUAUUAGUUAUGAAGAAAAGGAGAAAAAAAGUAUUGGGUACCAGUACCGGGUGGACCGAUGCUACAGAUAACAUGGAACUAAGAAACGCGAGGUGAGGCUAUGGCGGGUGGAAUCACAGACACGGGGGAGCCCUACUCUGCUUUUGUGGGGCUGGUGUACAUGUUCAACCUGAUAGUGGGUACGGGAGCGCUCACUAUGCCCAGAGCCUUUGCCAACGCCGGCUGGGUGGUCAGCUUGACACUCAUCUGCUUCCUGGCGUUUAUGAGUUACAUGACGACCACUUUCGUGAUCGAGGCGAUGGCAGCAGCCAAUGCUCAGCUGCGAUGGAAGAGGAGAGAGCAGGACGAGAUCAAUGACAACAACUCCAACUCCGACUACUCAGACGAUGACAGCCCCGUGAGAGGGCGGGCUGAACCCGAGACCAAGCCCAUUUUGUCAAUCCAGCGUUCUGCAGGUCCUGUGGACCACUUUGAAAUCGCCGAGCGAGUGGAGAUGGGCCAGAUGGCGUCUAUGUUCUUCAACAAAGUCGGUGUCAACAUGUUCUACAUCUGCAUCAUCGUGUACCUGUACGGCGACCUGGCCAUCUACGCAGCAGCUGUGCCCAUUUCCCUCAUGGAGGUGGCCUGUGGAAACCAUUCAUGCAGCGCGGGAGCCGUAAAGUACAAUGACACGGACGCAUGCUGGGGCUCGGUGACCAGGAAAGAUGCCUACAGAGUCUUUCUGAGCGUUUUCACUGUUCUUUUGGGACCGUUCACCUUUUUCAAUGCCCAGAAGACGAAAUACCUUCAAAUCCUCACGUCACUCAUGCGCUGGAUUGCGUUCACCAUGAUGAUCAUCCUGGCGCUGAUGCGCAUCGGGUCGGGCGCAGGUGAGGGCCGCCCCCCGGCCGCCUCGCUAGCUGGCGUCCCCAACCUGUUUGGCGUGUGCGUCUACUCCUUCAUGUGCCAGCACUCUCUGCCGUCGCUGGUGACACCCAUUUCGGACAAGAAGCGAGUGGGCUGCUUCGUCCUGGCCGACUACGUGCUGAUCCUUGGCUUCUAUGUGCUGCUGUCUUUUACCGCCAUCUUCUGCUUCGAUAGCGCGCUCAUCCACGACAUGUACACGCUCAACUUCACGGACAACUGCCGCGUUCUGGAUGUGCCCGUGCUGCGGUAUUUCCUGGGCCUCUUCCCAGUCUUCACCAUUAGCACCAAUUUUCCCAUCAUUGCCGUCACGCUUCGCAACAACUGGAAGACAUUGUUCCACCGGGAUGGAGGCACGUACCCAUGGGUGGUGGACAGAGUGGUGUUCCCGCUGAUCACGCUGGUGCCGCCCGUGCUGGUGGCCUUCUGCACACACAAUCUGGAGUCGCUGGUGGGCAUCACAGGGGCCUAUGCCGGCACGGGCAUCCAGUACGUGGUGCCCGCCCUGCUGGUCCACCACGCUCGGCGCCAUGUGGAGCCGGUCACAGCGCGCCAUGCCGUCAACCAACACCGCUCGCCCUUUCGCCACGCCGCCUGGGUCUGGUUCGUGGUACUGUGGGCCGUUUUCUGCCUCAUGUUUGUUACCGCCAACAUCAUCCUGACCGAUGUCAAAAAGUGAUGUGGGAACUGUGCCUUUUUUGGGAUGGAAUUCUGCCUCAUUUAUUAAGAAAGGACCAAAUAAACGUCUAAUUUUCGUAACAGUUUAUCCUCAUUAGGGUCGAGGGUGAACUGGGUGCUUUCGCAGCUGAUAUGAGGCAGGGUAUACUCUGGAGUGGUCGCCAGCCAAUGGCAAGCACCAUGAUAUGAAAAGAGAAUUGGAAUGUGGACAUAAAUGUUUCUAAGUUCUAAUUCUGUAAACAAAAUAAGUAUUACUGGUGGAAAUUACUCAUUUACGGCCACAACAUACUAAUUUAGCCACAAACUACCAUUUAAUACUUGUCUGGCAUAUCAUGGGGUGGGGAUGACAACACCACCGUGUAAUAACAAUAACCAUUUAAUCGUCAUAUUCUUUUUUUUAAAUAAUCGGCUGACAUUGACAGCGAUUGAUAUCCAAUCCAUUUUGGACUUUAGCUGUCAGUGGCAGUGAAACAUCAUGGGUGUGUGGCCAUGGCUAAAGUGGUGCCUUUGGAUCGGAUCCUCAUUCCGUUUUCAUGACCUGACAAUCUACCGAAGCGUGUUUGUGUCACGUUAGUGGAAGUGAACAUUUUUUUUAUAUACAUUGUAAUUUGAAUGAAUCACAAAAUAAAGUUAUUAGUCCUUUUCA